AUGACUACAAAAUUGUUAGCGAAUCAAUUAAAUGGUUUAAUGAAAGAUCCAGUGGAGGGAUUCACAGUUGAAUUGGUUAAUGAAUCAUCACUCUAUGAAUGGAAGAAUUUAAUAAUUAUAAAAUAUAACAAUGUGUUUUAUUUCAAUCAUCGAUGGCAAUCAAUCAAUCAUCCUAAAUAUCCAAUACAUAGAUGGACAGUAGAUCAACAUAUAUUCCAGUCACUCUCAUCAACAUCAUCAUUAUACCUCUUACUUUCAGGUGUUUAUUAUAUGAGAAUCCUAUCUUUUUAUUUCUAUUUUUAA